AGUGCGGGGGUGGAGGGCGGAGGAGAUAGAUAGCACGCUUGCGCGGCUGUCAUAGGGCUGCUUGGUUGGUCAGUGGGGAGUCGGCGCCUGCGUACUAAGACCCGUGUGCAGCAGCGGCGGCGGCGGUAGAGGCGGCGGCGGCGGCGGCAGCGGGCUCGGAGGCAGCGGUUGGGCUCGCGGCGAGCGGACGGGGUCGAGUCAGUGCGUUCGCGCGAGUUGGAAUCGAAGCCUCUUAAAAUGGCAGAUGACUUGGACUUCGAGACAGGAGAUGCAGGGGCCUCAGCCACCUUCCCAAUGCAGUGCUCAGCAUUACGUAAGAAUGGCUUUGUGGUGCUCAAAGGCCGGCCAUGUAAGAUCGUCGAGAUGUCUACUUCGAAGACUGGCAAGCACGGCCACGCCAAGGUUAGAAUUUCACCUCCGCAUCUUGCCUUCCCCAUGCCUCCAGUAUCUUUGGCGCUCCCAGCAGCAAGCUGCCAACAGUGCUGACUUUCCUUUAAUUCUGCUUUUACUGUCUGAUUGUUUUUGUUUAGCGCUCAGCCUUCAUACUCAUUCAGACAACUACACCUGCUCCCCAGUCUUCAGCCUCUUCUGUGGUUACCCUUCUGUCCCCGCAUCAUUCUCUGGCAGUCCCUCCGUUUCUCCAGCUUUGUGCCAAUCUCUUCAAUUCAUAGGCCUUUAUGCUCUAGCUAUUCAGUUGCUCCUUCCUUAUUCUUGGUUUUCACUUUUUCUUUCUUCCCUUGAGCCGUUGUUAAGUGGUUGCUUCCAUCACGUUGCCCAGGGUUUCUCCAAUUCUACGCCUUCCCCUGGAGGGACUCCUGCGUCAGUUCUGAGCUUUCAGGUCACCUUGCUGCUUCGUUCCCCAGUUCUAGCUUUCCCUUUGGAACUCUGACGCAGGAUCAAACUGCCCCUACCUGCCCCAUCCCACUCUCCUUGGGUUCCUUGAGCCUCCAUGCUUUCAUGGGUUUUAACAUUCUUGCUAGCACUUCCCUUAUCACCUCAGACUUUUCCUGUCUCUUUAGAAUUUCAACCUGAUUCGUUCUUGUUGAAUUUCUUGUGGCGUUUUUCCUUAAUCAGUUUUUCCAUCUUUUGACUUGACAUUGAUCUUGGAUUAUUCUCUAGUGUCUAGAUCCCUCUCUGUGCUCUUCUGGCUUCCUUAUUUUCUAGCUACAUAGUUAUUUCUGAUCUCCCUGCAAGUCCUUUUCUUCAGCUCUUUCACAUUUCUUAGUUUCUUAUCCUUUCCCUUCUACCUUCCUUAUUCCCCAGUUUCUCAGCUCCUUCUCCUGGUGUCCGGAAAACUCUUCGAAACUUUUACUCAGACUCCUCCCACUCCCCUAGACUCUUAGCAUCUUAUCUUUUAUCAAGGUAACUGUCUUCUCCAAGCCUGCCAUGCAGUUUUCUAUUGUGCUGUCAACCCCAAUCUCAACGGUGGUUUUUUAGCAUCUGUUUUUUUUCUUUAAGAGGCUUUACUGUUUCUUGAGUUGACUGGUUCAAUUCCAACACUCCAGUCUUUGCCCCAACAAUGUAGUCUGAGUUCCCUCAUCAGGCAAGGU